AGGCCAUUUUCCGUCUCUCGGAGGAGGGGAGCCGGGAGAGAGGGCCAGAAGGGAAGAGGAAGAGCGGCCAGCGCCUCCCCGCCGGGCCGUGGACUGGGGGACGGUUGCGGCGAGCGGGGGAGGUCGCUGAGGGCCCGGCGGAGAUGUUUUCCCUGUCGAGCACGGUGCAGCCCCAGGUUACCGUUCCUCUGAGUCAUCUCAUCAAUGCCUUCCAUUCACCAAAAAGCACCUCUGUCUCUGUCAGUGCAUCGUUCUCCCAGAACCACCAUCGAGAUGCAGUUCCUGAGCGUGAGGCUCCCAGCAGUGAGCCCGCACUUAACUUAAAGGACCUUGGAUUAUCCGAAUUAAAAAUUGGGCAGAUUGAUCAACUGGUAGAAAAUCUACUUCCUGGAUUUUGCAAAGGCAAAAACAUUUCUUCCCAUUGGCGUACAUCUCAUGUCUCUGCACAGUCCUUCUUUGAAAAUAAAUAUGGUUACCUAGAUAUGUUUAGUGCUUUGCGUUCCUCAUGUUUGUAUAGACAUCAUCCAAGAACUCUUCAAAGCCUUUGUUCAGAUCUUCAGUACUGGCCAGUUUUCACACAGUCUCGGGGUUUUAAAACUUUGAAAUCAAGGACACGACGUCUACAGUCCACCUCUGAAAGAUUAGCAGAAACACAGAAUAUAGCACCUUCAUUCGUAAAGGGGUUUCUUUUGCGGGACAGGGGAUCAGAUGUUGAAAGUUUGGACAAACUCAUGAAAACCAAAAACAUACCUGAAGCUCACCAGGAUGCAUUUAAAACAGGUUUUGCGGAGGGUUUUCUGAAAGCUCAAGCGCUGACUCAGAAAACCAAUGAUUCCCUCAGGCGAACUCGCCUGAUUCUCUUUGUUCUGCUGCUAUUUGGCAUUUAUGGACUGUUAAAAAACCCAUUUCUAUCUGUCCGCUUCCGGACAACAACAGGGCUUGAUUCUGCAGUAGAUCCCGUUCAGAUGAAAAAUGUCACCUUUGAACAUGUUAAAGGAGUGGAGGAAGCCAAACAAGAAUUACAGGAAGUUGUUGAGUUCUUGAAGAAUCCACAGAAAUUUACUGUGCUUGGCGGUAAACUUCCAAAAGGAAUUCUUUUAGUUGGACCACCGGGGACAGGAAAGACACUUCUUGCCCGAGCGGUGGCAGGAGAAGCUGAUGUUCCUUUUUAUUAUGCUUCUGGAUCAGAAUUUGAUGAAAUGUUUGUGGGUGUGGGAGCUAGCCGUAUCAGAAACCUUUUUAGGGAAGCAAAAGCAAAUGCUCCUUGUGUUAUAUUUAUUGAUGAAUUAGAUUCUGUUGGUGGGAAGAGAAUUGAAUCUCCAAUGCAUCCAUACUCAAGGCAGACUAUAAAUCAACUUCUUGCUGAAAUGGAUGGUUUUAAACCCAAUGAAGGGGUUAUCAUCAUAGGAGCUACAAACUUCCCAGAGGCAUUAGAUAAUGCCUUAAUACGUCCUGGUCGUUUUGACAUGCAAGUUACAGUUCCAAGGCCAGAUGUGAAAGGUCGAACAGAAAUUUUGAAAUGGUAUCUCAAUAAGAUCAAGUUUGAUCAGUCUGUUGAUCCCGAAAUCAUAGCUCGAGGUACUGUUGGUUUUUCUGGAGCAGAGCUGGAGAAUCUUGUGAACCAAGCUGCUUUAAAGGCAGCUGUUGAUGGAAAAGAAAUGGUUACCAUGAAGGAACUAGAAUUUUCCAAAGAUAAGAUUCUGAUGGGGCCUGAACGAAGAAGUGUGGAAAUUGACAACAAAAACAAAACCAUCACAGCAUAUCACGAAUCAGGUCAUGCUAUCAUUGCAUAUUACACAAAAGACGCGAUGCCUAUCAACAAGGCUACAAUCAUGCCACGAGGGCCAACACUGGGACAUGUGUCACUGUUGCCUGAGAAUGACAGGUGGAAUGAAACAAGAGCCCAGUUGCUUGCACAAAUGGAUGUCAGUAUGGGAGGGAGAGUGGCAGAGGAGCUUAUAUUUGGAACUGACCAUAUAACAACAGGUGCUUCCAGUGAUUUUGAUAAUGCAACUAAGAUAGCUAAGCGGAUGGUCACCAAAUUUGGGAUGAGCGAAAAGCUUGGAGUUAUGACUUACAGUGAUACAGGGAAACUGAGUCCUGAAACUCAAUCUGCCAUCGAACAAGAAAUAAGAAUCCUUUUAAGGGAGUCGUAUGAACGAGCAAAGCAUAUCUUGAAAACUCAUGCAAAAGAGCAUAAGAAUCUAGCAGAAGCUUUAUUGACCUAUGAGACUUUGGAUGCCAAAGAGAUUCAAAUUGUUCUGGAGGGGAAGAAGUUGGAAGUGAGAUAAUAACUCUCUUGAUAGGGAUCCACUGCUGGUUUUAUCACAAGAAUACAAGUAGCACUGCAGUAGUUUCCUUUUGCAAUGCUUCCUCCCUUUCUUGACUUGGUACAAUUCAAGGGUGUGAAAAAACUUUGUCAAUCUUUUAUCGCAUUUAUUUAAUUUUGGUUCUUCUCAUGACACCUGUUGCAAAUUAGGCACCCAUAGCAAAUAUAUUUUAAAAAAUAAAUCAGGAUUGAAACAACUUGAGAAAUGUUGAUCAGUUAUUAAGUUGAGUAAAUAAUCAUUUUAUGGCUGGUUACUAGUUGUGAGUAAAAAUUGUGCCUUUUGCUCCUGGGAAGCAUUUUUAAUUUGCAGGCUGCAACUGUUGAAAAAUUACCAUUAUCUCUUGUUAGUAUCUUUUCUCUUUGAUAAAGAAAUAAUACUGUUUGAUAUCUGGCAAAUCCUAUUUCUUCAUGUACCAUUGGAUAUUUCAUUAUUAUGUACUUAAUUAUGCUCCAAAUUGACCAUAUAUAACAUGUUUGUUUGUUUGUUUGUUUUAAAGAAAAAUCUAAGUAGGGAAUUGGAAAUACAGAGAUACAAUCAGAAUUUAAGCAAUUGUAAUCCUUUAAAAAUGCAGCAUGCAUUUUCAUGUUAACAAUACUGUAGCUCUAAUGGAGUUUAUUUCAGAGUAUUUUGUUAAAUAAGUAACAGAUUUCAUUCUGAGUAACUGUGUAAUUAUGCUUAUUUUCAAAAGGAAAAGCCAAAACUCAGUCCCCUUCAAAGUGUGCUUCUGAAUUAUCCUAGAAAAGAAAUGGAACAUUGUAUUUACUUUUCAUCCCAGUUUUGUGAAUAUGAACGUGUUGUUAAAUAAUUUUUAUUUGACUCUAUAAAAUUAUUUUAGAGUGCAUUGUAUUGGUUUUACAACAGUAUUAUAUUCUUGAAGUGACUUUAUUAAAACUACCUACAAUUUUCUAGUAAAUUAAGCUGCAUAUGGUCUUUUUUUUUUUUUGACAGGCAGAGUAGAUAGAGAGAGAGACAGAAAGGUCUUCCUUUUUGCCAUUGGUUCACCCUCCAAUGGCCGCUGUGGCCGGCGCAUCAUGCUGAUCCGAAACCAGGAGCCAGGUGCUUCUCCCGGCCUCCCAUGUGGGUGCAGGGCCUAAGGACUUGGACCAUUCUCCACUGCACUCCCAGGCCAUAGCAGAGAGCUGGCCUGGAAGAGGGGCAACCGGGAUAGAAUCCGGCGCCCCAACCGGGACUAGAACCCGGUGUGCCGGCGCCACUAGGCGGAGGAUUAGCCUGUUAAGCCACGGCGCCAGCCAUGCAUAUGGUCUUCAUUGAAGAAGAUGGUUGUAGUUAGAGAGGAAGCUUGUUACAGGAUCAGGAUAUUCUUUACCUUUUUUGGUUAAUCUUAAAUUUUGAUUUAAUUUUAAACUGAUAGAAAUGUCGCUGGAAUAAUACAAGAAACUCCCAAAAUAACACUGAUCAAAACUGACCAGUUUUCAUUUUCUUCAUUUUUUAUCACUGCCUGCGUUCCCCCUCCCUGUCUCUCUAAUUAUAUGCAAAUAUACACAUAUAUAUAAUCCUAAACCUGUCUCCCCUAUUCUGUCUUAAAUUUUUAUGGAUUUAUUGAUAUAUAAUUUACAUACUAUAAAAUUCAUCCAUUGUAUGUAGUUUGAAGAUUUUUUUGUGUGUCAUCACCACAUUUAGGUUUAGAACAUUUCUGUCACUCAAAAUUCUACCUUGCAGAUUUGUGGUGAACAUUUUAAGAAUUUAAUGAACUGUACUAAAAGUGAAUGUACAAAUUUUCUAAUGAGGAAUGUAGGGGAAUUACAAUUUCUCCCUUUUACAGUAUGUCCUACCUUUUUAAAUGACCUUUUUAUGGUCAUUCUACUCAAUAAGAAGUGGUCUCACACCACUCAUCCAAAUUAAUCUCACCUUAAUUCAGUCAUCUUGGAUUUAAUUUACAUUUCUGUAGUGAAUAAUAAUAUUGACCAUCUUCUGUGCUUAUUGGCCAUUUGUAUAUCUUAUAUUUUAAGGAAAGCCCUUUAUCAGAUGGAUAUUUUGUUUUAUUCCACCUGGUAAUUGUUGCCUUUUAAGUUGUGUGUCCAUUCAUAUUUAAUAUUAUUGAUGUAGUUGAAUUUAUACCUUUUACUAUUUAUUUUCUCAUAUCUAAAGAGAUUCUUCUGUUUUUACUACCUUUUGCUUUAAAUAAAUACUUUUUUCAGUACCA